UCCCAAUUAGCAGGAAGUGAUUCUAGCACGAAUCCAAAAUAGGAACUUCUUCUGGAUACGGAUUUUUACCAAUGAAUAAUAAAUUAGUAUCGUUGAAAUAUAAGUUUAGUUGUGCUGACUAUCAAUAUUAUAGUCAAUAUGUUGAAGCAUAAUUUAGGUAAUUUAUAAACAAUUUGAUGGACUGUAUAUUUAUCGAUAAGACCAAAUUGAUUUUGAAUAGUGUUCUUUUCUAAUUGAUGAAUGUUGGCUAGCUAAUUUGGAACGCUUUUAAUGGAUACAGCCAAAAAUUACUCACUAACAAGCUCUAUUUUCACGCUGUCAUAAUGCCGAUGUGGUCGUGGAUGUAACAAUUUAAACAGUUUAUCAAAGAAUAACUGCAUUAUUCCAGUCGUAAUUGCAUUAUUUGUAUAAAGAUAAAGUGUAGUUCAAGUUUAUAAGCCAGUUUAAUAUAUAUACCAAAAGGAUAUAAUGGCAAUCAAGCUAAAUUUCUUCUUCGCCUCUCUGAUUUUGCUUACAAAUUAUUUCACAGAGGUUUAUUCUGUAGUGGAAUUUACAAACAUACACUGCGAAUCUCUGGAUAAGGACUUCGCCUUAUUUGAAUAUUGUUUCCUGAAAUCUGAAAACCGAACAUACAAAUACGUUUCCGUAAAAGUUAAACUCCUAAAGAUACCCGUGAGCAAAGUAAAGGUGCGUUUAGGUCUCUAUAAACGUUUGAAUGGCUAUAAGCCCUUUCUCUACAAUAUGACUUUAGACGCGUGCAGAUUCCUAAACUCGCCGAAUCCCAAUCCGGUUGCCCUUUACUUUUACAGUUGGUUCAAGGACUAUUCUAACACAAACCACUCUUGUCCCUAUGACCAUGAUAUUGUGCUGGAUAAGAUGCCGUAUGAUAAUAUAAACAAUAAGAUUACCAAAAUACUGCCCUUUCCGGAAGGAAAAUAUAUGAUUGAAAUGCACUGGAUAGCCUACGACAUUAAUCGAGCUAUAACUAAGUUCUAUUGGACACUUACUUGAUAAUAUAAGCAAUCAACAUUUAUAACAUUAUAAUUGGAAUGCAAGUAAUGAAUCAUAAACUUGAAGAACAGUUUAAUUAAG